AUGAUUCAAAGUUUCUUAAUUGCGUUUUUAGGACUGUUAAGCACGAUUAGUUCUGCUUCCGUACCCUACACUUCGAGACACGAACCUGGCUACUGUGCCUUGUAUGGCAUAGGGGGCAAAGAAACAUUCAUAGAUAUUCCGGAACCUAACAAUGUACCAGCUCAAAAACUUACUGCGUCGGAGAUCGAUGAAAUUGUGGGUAUAUGCGGUGAUUCGUGGAAAAAUGUCGACACAACUUGCUGUGACAUAGAACAAAUUCAUCAACUUAAACAAAAUCUAGACAAAGUACGACCUUUAAUCUCAUCAUGCCCAGCAUGCCAGGAGAACUUUUUCCAGCUGUUUUGCCAUUUUACUUGUUCACAAAAUCAAUCAACCUUUGUUAACGUUACAAAAGUAGGAACUUCGUUAACAGGCAAUUAUAUUGUUGACGAACUUGAUUUUUAUAUAGACGAUGAAGAAUUUUCUCCAACGUUCUAUGAUUCCUGCAAAAGUAUCAAAUUUGGUGCUACAAAUGGUUAUGCCAUGGAUUUAAUUGGAGGUGGGGCCAGAAAUUAUACGGAGUUUUUAAAGUUUUUAGGCGAUAAGAAGCCAAUGCUUGGAGGUUCUCCUUUUCAGAUUAACUUCAAAUAUAAAUCAAAUUCUGGCAUGAAACCUUUGAAAGUAUCGUCGCAUCGCUGCGAUGACAAAGAUCCAAAAUUUCGAUGUUCAUGUUCUGACUGUUCCAAAGUUUGUCCUGAAUUAUCACCUUUGAAGAGAGAUCGGCGGUGCACGAUUGAGGGCUUACCAUGUCUUUCUUUCACCGUAUUAAUAUGCUACUUUGGUGUUGCAGUUUUCUAUGUUUUCAUCUUUUUAUUGGUCAACAAACGGAAUGAUGAGUUGUUUAAGUUAUUUCAAAGGGGUGCACCCCUGCUAACUGAAGACAGUUCUUCACUAGAAGAUGAAAAUCAAGACCGAAAUGCUUGUCACGAUAUCGAUAACUCGCUGGAAGUAGACCCAAAAUUUGGCAUCAAAACAUAUAGCAUUAAUGAUAACCUUGAACAAGUUUUUUAUAAACUUGGGUUUACUUGCUCUAAUCAUCCUUGUAUUAUUGUUGGACUUUCUAUAUUAAUUGCAGCAAUAUUAAGUGCAUUUAUGUUAACUCUUGAAAUUGAGACAGAUCCGGUUAAUUUAUGGGUUAGCCCAAAGGCCGCAGCUUUUAAACAAAAACAGAUAUUUGAUUCGGAAUUUGGCCCUUUUUACAGAACGGAGCAGCUUUUUGUUUCGAAUGCCACUAAAGAGAGCAUUUUUCAAAAUUAUGAAUUCAUCCAAUGGUGGUUUUCCAAGGAAAAGGAAAUACAAGAAAUAGCCGUGAGAACUAGUUCUGACUCUGAGGUUAAAUAUUCGGACCUUUGUCUAAAGCCUACAGGAAGUGCGUGCGUUUUAGAAUCAUUUACACAAUAUUUUCAGGGCGACAUUCGAUUUUUACCUAAAACGUCGUGGAAGCAAAAAAUACAAUCAUGUGCAGUAUCACCAGUUAAUUGUCUCCCGCCUUUCCAGCAACCUCUUUCGUCGUCCCUUCUUUUUGGUACUAAUGAGAGCAAUGCGGUUCUAGAUGCACCGGCGUUUGUUAUUACCUUAGUAUCUAAUAAUGACGCCGACCCAAACAGUGAUUAUAUCCGGUCGGCAGCUGCAUGGGAAAAACAGUUUGAAAGAUACGUUUCUACAACACUCAUUCCGGAAGCACGGAAAUGGAAUGUGAACAUUUCAUAUAGUUCUGAAAUUUCGGUCCAAAUGGAAUUAAAUAAAUCUAGCAACACGGAUGCACGCAUAAUUAUUCUUUCUUAUCUUGCUAUGUUUGCUUAUAUAUCACUUUCCCUUGGUGGAUCCGGGGUUGGGAAAUUUCUCGGAGGGGAUAAGAAUUCUACGGGCAUACACGAUUUCCUAAAACAAGUACUACUAAAAACCAGGUUUGGUUUAGGGCUCUCUGGAAUUUUCAUUGUUCUCUUAUCGGUUAUGUCAUCAGUAGGAAUCUGCAGUAUGUUUCAUCUUAAAUCUACGUUGAUUAUCGCUGAGGUGAUACCAUUCCUAGUCCUAGCAAUUGGCGUCGAUAACAUCUUUCUUAUUUACAACGAACUUUGCGAGGUAGACUGUUCCACCAAAGGCUUGAAUUUAUCAGUGGAAAGACGCGUGGCUCAAACAUUGUCAAAUGUUGGACCUAGCAUUUUACUUAGUGCAUCUUGUGAAUUGUGUUGUUUUAUACUAGCAAGCUUUGUUGAUAUGCCAGCAGUUCGAAAUUUUGCAAUAUAUUCCUCAUUGGCUAUUUUAAUUAACACCAUCCUUCAGUUGACUGCCUUUAUUUCAAUUCUGACUUUAGACCAAAAACGGAUUGAAGAUAAUCGCUUGGACUUAUUUCCUUUUGUAAAAAUUGGCCAAGGCCCUGACAAUGCCCUCGAAACAAGUUCCUUGAUGGAGCCUAGUGAUCAGCAAAACUCAGAAGAGUCAUCUAAUAAGGGUCGGUCGACGGGAGGUGUUCUUCAAACAUUGCUUUCCAAGUAUUUGGCUCCAGCAAUUUUUCAUAAUUCUCAUCCUAAAGCUAUCCUAGCAUUUUUUUUUACAUGGUUUACAGCUUCUUUAUGCAUUCUUCCGAGUAUAAAACUUGGGCUAGAUCAAAGAUUAGCAAUGCCUCAAGAUUCACAUUUGGUUGAAUAUUUUGAUGAUAUGUACAAAUAUCUCAAUGUUGGACCUCCAAUAUAUUGGGUUGUUGAUGGGGUUAAUGCAAGCUCUAGAGAUGGUCAAAGAAGCCUUUGUGGACGAUUUACAACGUGUAAUUCAACGUCGCUUGUUAAUAUUUUGCAACAGGAGUAUAAACGAAGCAAUGAGAGUACAAUUGCACAGCCGGUUGCUAGUUGGGUUGAUGAUUUUCUUUUGUGGCUUAAUCCAGACUUAGCAUCAUGCUGUCGGAUAAAAAAAUCGACUAGCGGAGGUGGCUUUGCAGAGCAUGAUGGUAAAGACUUCUGUCAGCCGUGGCAAUCAUCUCGUCAGUGUCAAACAUGCUUCAAAGAUCAUGAGUGGAAAUUUGAUAUGAGUGGUUUUCCAGAAGGUAAUGAGUUUAAUACUUAUCUGGCGGAAUGGAUACAAUCUCCAUCUGAUAUGUGUGCUCUAGGAGGUAAAGCUCCUUACUCUAGUUCUCUAUCUUUUAAGAAUGGAAAUGUUUUUCGUUCUACAUUCAGAAAUUCACACAAUCAAUUACAUUCGCAAGAUGACUUUAUUAAUGCUUAUCAUCAUUCACUUAGAAUCACAAAAGAGAUCAAAGAGGAACAGCCCAAUCUUGAUGUGUUUGCAUAUUCCCCAUUUUAUAUUUUCUUUGUUCAGUAUGAAACAAUUGUUUCACUUUCUGUGCGACUCAUAGCUGUGGGACUUGCAGUUGUCUUUAGUCUCUCCAGCUUUUUAUUAGGAUGUCCAAAGAACGGUAUGAUAUUGACUGUCUCUGCCCUAUUUAUACUUGUUGAUGUUGCUGCAUCCAUGGCCAUUUUUAAUGUUUCCCUCAAUGCGGUUUCUUUAGUGAACUUGAUGAUUUGUCUUGGUUUGGCUGUGGAAUUUUCUGUCCACAUGAUAAGAUAUUUCAACUUUUGCACUAAGACGAUUAUUCAUAAAAAUGAUCAUAACAUUUUAAGAGGAACCACGGCAAGAGCGUAUUCAUCUCUUUGCUUUAUUGGUGGCGCCACUUUAAGUGGCAUCACACUGACGAAAUUGAUUGGCAUUUCGGUUCUUGGAUUUACGAGAUCUAAAAUAUUUCAGGUAUACUAUUUUAGGAUGUGGCUUUCCCUAAUAAUAAUAUCAUCUUUACAUGCUUUGAUAUUUCUUCCAGCAGUACUCGGACUAUUUGGUUCUGGAGAUGCGUUCAGAAGCUCCAAACUCUCUGUUAGGAACAAUAUCGAAAUUCGGGAAUGA